AUGGGGCAGGAGAAAGGGGAGAGUGGCAUACUUUUUUGUUUUGCCAAGGGUAUACAAGUGAUCAUGCUAGCAGUAAAGUAGAGCGAGGAAGGACUUAAGUAGGGAACUCCAAAGGUGGACUCCAAAUACUCCAGGUUGAUUAAGCUGCGUUCAGCUCCCUGCUCACCAACAGCGACUGUAAAGACAGAGAGAAAGGAGGAGGGGAAAGAUAAGUGUCAAUCUGUUCAGACUUGUUUGGGAAUUUGAGGAAGGAGGGGAGGAGGGCAAAGACUGAGAGAGACAGCAAAAGGGAAAAGCAAGGGGAGCUCAGGCAUAAACAUUAAAUUUCAGCAGAAGAGUUCAAGUAAAUACAGAGGAAGAAAAAAGGGAGUUUGGUUUGAGUUUAAAAAAAGGAGAGAAUUUGCUGUGUCAUGUAGACGAUGUGAAUGCAGGGAGUGAAUUCUUCUGUGUUGUGCAAUCUCAUGCUUUUGAGCUGAACUGGACCGGGGAAGGACUGCCUAUCUCCCCAGGAUACGACUCUCAGGUGAGUUGCUUUAUAUUACCCUUGGUGGGUCUCUGAUUAACAUAAAGCCUCUGUAGAUAUCCUCUGGUUCAAGCACAGAUUUGGAGUGAGCUUAGUUGUGGUUUACAUGUUACAUGCCGUGCCUAUGUGUCACAGGGCCUCGCUUUCUGAAAGACUUCUUUUGGUAUGUGGUGCUUUGCAGGUCUGUGCUGCAUUCUUGUAGAACUGUAGGAGGGUGUCACCUUUUCUCUCUGGCCUACAUAAUAAUAUUCUACUGUUGAGACAACUUACACCCAGAUAAGUCUUAAAUAACAAACUUUUUUUAGGCCCAUAGUCCAACAAAGGCGUGUGAAAUCUCAGCUUAUGUAGAACUGUAGUUUCCAUUACACUCAACCCUGUGCCAUAAAAAAAUAUGUUAAUGUGUGAUGAACCUUUCCUUUCGGCGUAUUUUGCCCCCUGAAAAAGACUUGAUUCUUCAUGUUGGAUUUCCUAAUGGAUGUUUUUGUGUUCUAGGUUCUCCAAAAUAUGAUACCAUGGGGACCAAAAGGCCCAGCGGCACCAUCUUUGACACAUUAUCUAACAUAAACACAUCAGACCGCAAACUUCAGCCAGGUGGAAAAAUCUCCAGGGAUCCAAGUCCCAGGCCGGUGAUGACUGCCCAGUCAGAGCGAGAGAGAGACCGUGAAGAUGGCAGAAGGAGAGAGAGAGAGUGUGUAAAAAUGAGAGACAAACCGAGAUACAAAGAUUCAGAUCUGAGGGAGCGAUACUACGAGAAGGACCAAGCUCCUGCGCCCCGGCUGAGAGAAAGAGAAGGAGGGAGAGAGUGGAGGGAGAGAGAUAAGAGGUAUGAAGAUGACAGAAGGGGACAAGGGAGGCCUCUGUCAAAUCUUGAGAAGGACUCUGAAAGAGAGAUGGAAAGGGGGAUGAAGAAAGGUGACACGUUUCCUAGAAUGAGAAAAGGCAGCCCAGAAGGUGGAAGACGAAACACAUCCACCAAUGACGUGAAUGAAAGAGGAGAAAGGAGGCAGAGAGAGAGGCCGAAAAGAAUUGACGCUGAUGACUGGGAGAGAGAGCGAGCAUGGCAGAGAGAAAGGGAAAGGGAUCAGAUCCGAAGUAGGGCAAAGGACGAAGGAAGACGACCCGUAGAAGACGUGAAAUCAGGAAGGGAAAGAUAUCAGGGGUCUGAUCAAGACAGGAGAAGAGAAGGAGGUGAUCCACGGGACAGAGUAGAGUGGGAUGUGAGUAGAAAAAGAGAAAAGCCAAAACCUAACGUGAGAGAAAGAGAAGCCAGAGCACCUUCUCCAAAUAGAAGAAGAGACAAGGAGAUUUACCCUGAUAGGAGGGAAAAGGAGAAGGCCCAAAAUGAGGGAAGGAGGGAUACAAGGAGUGAAGGAGACAGCGAUGAGAGAGAGCGGAGAAGGGAGAGAGAGAGGGACAGAGAGAGGGAGGAGUUGAUAUAUCAACAAAGCAAGAGUGAGGGGGACAACAAGGGCAGAACAGAGAGGGAGAAAUACAGGGCAGAAGACAGGCAAAGAUACAGAGACAGGGACAGAGAGGUGGAUCAAUCCAGGAGAAGAAGAGUGGAAAAAGAAAGAGAGAGAUACAGGGAGGAAGACAGGGAGAGGGAAAAAUGGAGGGAUGAUAGAUACAGAGAGUAUGAUCAGAGAAGAAGAAAAGAAAGAGAGGCAGAUCCUAGGAGAGACGACACAACAGGCAAGAGAAGCCGAGCUCAGAACGAGACAGCUCCAAGGGCGCCUCCACGAGCCCAGAGCAGCAGCGAGUUGAGCAGCGACAUGGACAGCGAAAUGAGACGCAGGAGUCGUCCAGACAGUUUCGAAGAGAGGGAACCAGACAGAGAGGGUGAAAGAGGCGCUGAAGAACAGAGAAACUCCGAGAGAAGUCAGAAGACAAGUGAGCGAGGGGAGUCGGCAGAGCAGAGGAGGAUGUGGUUAGAGCCGCAGAGGGGCAAGAAUAGUAAGAGAGAGUUCGAAGACACAGAGAGACACUCGAGGGAGAAAGAAUGGAGGAUGGAGUCACAGGCAGAGUGGGAAAAGGAGGGGCGGAGGGUAAAAGAGGAACCAGAUGAGAGGUACUCAGACCAAAACAGUUACAGAGGAAGACAUGGAGAGAGAAGUGAGCAGGAGAAGGAGUCAGAGGGUGUGAGUGUAGAUGGAGAGGAGGUAGGCGAAGUCUGGAGGGAAUUAGAUAAAGGAGGGAAGGGACAUCUGUCAGACAGCGAUGGAGGGAUAGAGGACCGGUGGCAGAGGGAUGCAGAGGGAGAGAAUGUGACAGAUAACACAGAGGAGAGUGACAGAGAGGAAGAGGGGGGGAGUGAUUACUGGGCACGCUCUGGCAGUGAAGAAGGAGGAAGUGAGACGGGGUGGAAGCAAGAGAGGGACAGAAUGCUGUCAGGAGAGGACGGAUUUGUGACCGUGUCCAGCGGCGGAGACGAGGAGGAUGACAGAGAGGAAGAGGAGUUCGAGGACUGUCAGGAAUUCUGGGAAGGCGGAGGUUCUCGUGAUGGACACUCACCUGUUGCCUCUCAGGAAAAAGAUGCAACGGAAGAAGAGAUGGAUGAUGAGGAAGAAGAAGAGGGGAGAGAGAAGCGGCCAAAGUACGUCUUCUGUGUGAUUGGACAAACGCUGCCGCGGUCAGGCACCAACAAAGUGUCACAUGUCGAUCAGAAGAAGGGAGUGGAAGGGGAUGACGAAAGUUUGGAAAGUAGUCAUCGUGGAAAUGAUGACGCCACACAGCAGCCUCAGAGUGACCUGAGGAGAAAUGACGACAUCAACAACCAGGACGCUGGGACAUCUGAAGUGGACAUCAGAUACAGAGCGUCGUCGGAGCAUCAGAGUGCAGAGACUGGAGAAGGAGCCGAGAAGAAAGUGGAGCAUCCUUACGCUGAGAUAGGGACGAUUAAAAGAGACUCACAGACUGAAAAACUCCUCAUAAAGUGGAGAGAGAAAAACAAAGACGGGCUGGACAGAGAGGGUGAGAAUGAUUCACCAGUUCCAGAUAAUCCUUAUGCUGACAUUUUCUCUCAAGUAGAUUUGAGGCAAAUUCAACCCAUCUUGGACGAGAUUAACUCUGGAGCGAUGAGUCCGGAGGAGGUGGAAGCCAUCAGGAUAAGAAUGAGCGGUGCAUGGAGCAUGUCCGAGGAGCCCAAGAGGCAUUCCCAGGCCCCCCACCUUAAAUGGGCCAAAAAUGUGGUGCGGGAGAUCCUGGGACGCUCUGAGGAACAUGCCUUAGAAGAGUCCAACAAAUGCGUACAGGAGGAGGAGGUUGAAGAAGGGACCGGAGAGAGUGUUCUAAGGUCAGACCAGGAGCACUCAGAACCCGAGCUGGAGGAGGAAGAGGAGGGGGAGGAGCCUCUGGAAGUGGAGGGAUUGAGAGGUAUGGGGCAGAACGGAGCCCGCAUGCAUGCUGACCAGUUUUCAGUUAUGCAUGGUGACACAUACACUCAUGCUGACACACUGUUAGACUCAGAGAGGAAGGAGGAUCACAGUACGGACAAACACGCAGAAGAAACGGCAGAUGUAGAGUUGAGAGUUAGCAAAGAGGCAGGUGAGGAAGGUCAAAUAUCUAAGGUAGAAGACCAAGCAAGCAGGGAUAAGGAAGUGGAGAUGUACUUAUCUGUGAGCAACACGCUGUACAAACCGAGCAGCUGCCCCAUUCUUAACUAUGACACAGAGUCUGAUCACCUUUCCUCCAGAGAGAGUGAGAGGCAAGAGGCAGAGGAGGGGAGGGGGGAGAGUGAGGAAGAAAAGCAGGGAGCAGAGCCUGAAGAGAGGGGUACAGCAGAUGCGGCGGGACACAUGAGGGAGAGAGAGAUGCUAGCGGAUGAGAAAUCAAACGGAAGCACGCUGACCAGCAGCUGCAGUUUCCGAGAUUUGGGCCCCGAGGCUCGGUUACGGAGAAGGGGGAUUCGGAAAACCACUGAGAGAAGACAAGGAGAGCUUGUAGAAGUGGAUGAAGAGGAAGAAGGUGUUGGAAGGGAUCGCAGACCCAGAAUAUUCUCGACAACAGGUAAAAAGAGGAGAUGGAGGGUGGAAAUUCCGAUCAUCUGCUAAAUUCAGUCUGAGAAAAUCACAGUACUACCUCUUCUUUGGUUGUAACGUUUGAUUCCUUCCUGGUUUCUCCUGAAUCUUCUAACCUUAAUCCUCUAAUCAGUUUGACCUAAAAUUCUGGCCUUGAUUGCCUGUAGAGGAAGAAACCGUUUAUGAGCCUAAUUCAGUUCACGCCUGUGAUUUUAUUCCCCUCUAAUCACAGAUAAACUUGUAGUCACAUCCUCUGCUUUGCCCUCUGGGUUCUUGCAUCAUCCCUGUUGUUACAUUAACCAGAGAAUCUACAAUCUCAGACAGACAUCUGCUGAAAAACAUGUUCCGUGGACACAUCACUUAACUCUAAACUGGAAGUUGCGUCACACUGUUGUGGUUCCAGGUAGUGGGUGGAGAAAAAUGGAGGUGGGGGGAGAGAGAGGAGCGAGAGCUAAAAGGCUCGACUUGAUCCUGUUUGAGACACAACAUAAGACGCAUGACUUUAAGACACACUAGUUUUUUUGUUGAUCCUGAAUUUCUUGAUUGAUUCCACUUAUUUAUUUUAUUUUUUAACUAUUUACUAGUAUUUAUUUAUUCUUCAUUAUUCAGACAGCCGCUGUAGUCUCCUGAUAGGUAUGCUUUUGUGUAACGUCGCAACGAAUGAAUACUUUUAUCUUGCAGAUGAUGAAGAUGAUCGUAGUAGAAGCUGGGGAGAAGUGGAGCUUAGGUGAGUAAAAUCUUCUCACAUCUGACAGAAAAACAAGGUUUUAAGAUAUCAGUUUUUUUCAGUAGUAGUUCAUUGAAUGUACCAGUGACAUUUUAGGUCUCUUAAGAUAGUUCCUUUUCUGAAUUCUCACUACAUAAAGAACCAAAAAGCUCAUUCUGACAUCUUUACAAACUCCUUUUUGGAAGUUUUCACUGUCAUUAUAACCUCUUCAUGAUGCCUCUUUCUUGAAUUUGCAGAAAUGUUUUGGAAACAAUCGACAGACGGAAAAGAAACUCCAGGUUUUUCAGUGAGUAUCCUUAUAGUAUUUUUUUGGCACAAAUCAAAAACACAAACUGUAUAAAUUCUCUUUUUCAUAAUUUUUUGUGGAGAUGAUUUGUUUUGGGUCAUGUCUUUCCUCCGCCAAAUACUUAAAGCUGGAAAUAGAUGAUGUAAAAAAGGCAGACAGUGGACAGCAUGCACCUUAGGAUGCUCGUAAGAAGCCACUGUGAUUAGAAAUCGAACUUGUCUGUGCAGAUGACCAUUCAGAAAAUUUUUGAGUCAUUGAUUUCAUCCAUGACGGGAUUACCUUAGUACAGAUAAAGAAGUUGAUUGUUCGAAACGCACAGGUAGGCGACUUAGUGACGUGCUUUUUGAUAACAUCUACUCCAUCUUCAGCCAGAAAAAACAUGACGUAGCUGAGUAUUUCCUCUCUAGUCGACAUGAUUCACAGCUACGUGAAAACAGCCCCGUUAACUGUUUAUCUUGAAUGUUUGCUCAGAGUUCUAGUGUGACACACAAAUGAGAGGAAAUCUUUGUUCAGUUUACAGUUGGCUCGCUUCGCUUUAAUAAUGAAACUUAAAACAAGUUUUAUGGCGGUGGCUCUUUGACCUAUGAUUCAUGCUGAUAUUGCGAGAAAUGGGACAGGAGAGUGUGUGCGAGUGUUGUGUGUCUGUGCAAGCCACAGACAGGUUUGUGCAAGUAUUCAUAUCCACUAAGUUGAUGCUGCUGCGACUUUGCAUUCCGACAAGUACGUGUAAAAGGAAUGUCGAGUGCAAACAGAUUCUCUUGGCUAACACUGUUUUGGUCUCUUUCCAUCUUCUUCUUUUUGCUUCCUGUAUUUUUCAAUCUUACUCUCCCAUUACUCCCUCUUUUUUUCCACUUUGUUCUUUAUCUAUCUCUCAGAUGCUGCCCAGCUUUACCAGCAGUACAGCGAGGCCGCUCAGAACUUCGAAAUCCUUCGGCAAGCUCGCUCCUCUGAUGUCAUCUCUGUGAGUGAGGACGCUCCAAGGUCACCUGCUCCUUCGCCACCUCCAGCCCGCAGACCUCUACCACCACUUCCUUCUGUUCCACAUCCCCACUCCUUGGCCCACACUGGUUCUAUCACCAGUAUCAAAAGCUUGCCUGUCCCAACUCCCAGUAGGCGCGAGGGCAGGCCCACCUCCCCUCGUCUGUCCAUCUCUCUCACACAGUCGGCCACACUGUGGCGUGAGCUGCCGGGUGUCAGGAACAGCACUGAGCUGGAAGAGCUCACAGAGGACCAGAGACGACUACAGGAGGUAACAUGUCAGCUCGCUGCUCCCUUUAAAAAAAAAGUCCUUUUAUGGCAGAAAACUCUAAAAACAGUUAAUGAGAUGGAUUUUGCCUCUAUAGCGCCUUCAUUUUUGAGGCAGUGUUUUUUUCAAGUAACUUUUAAGAUUUAAAGGAGAGAGAGAUUUUUUUAUACUGAUCAUGUGAAAACUUCUAUCCAGACACCUGAAAUGUUCCAGUUUAUGUACAGUCAAUUUUCAGCGGAGGAAGGAAGCGUGGAAAUGUUUGUGCUUCACUCUUUGGUUGCACAACAUUCUUGCCUUAAUAAAAUUCAGGAGAAUCCUCGGGGGCAAGUAAAUGCAUGAUGGUCGUGUUUCACUUUCUUUCAGCCUCACUUACUUUGUGACUGUAAGUUGCAAGUUGACUGUGGAGUUUGCUUGUGAAAGAUAUCCAGUUGAGGUUAAUGUGAUUCCCCUCUUCGUGCUCAUUUAAAGUAAAGUGUUUGGGCGUCAUCUAACAUCAGCAGUUUUUCUGUUCCUUGUCAAUUUCUGUGUGAUUUUCUGGAAACGGCGUAACCAACAUGAGUCAGCCUCUUACCCUUAUUACCUCACAUGUCACACUACAUAGAGUAUGUGAUAUCUUCUGUCUUGCCUCAUCCCAGAAUAACCCUCCCAAUAAUCUAACUAUUACUGGCAGAACAUCGUCUCCCACAGGAAGACUGAUUGUGUAAACAAUUUGUUGUGUUUUUCCUUGUACUGAAGGUAUUUCCUGUGAACUUAAAAACAAACGUGUUUCCAAGUUGGAGCCCCUUACUUCUUGUGAAAUAUUCCUCCUGUUAGUCACAUCUUUGUCAAAAUUCCUCAGAGUGAAGAGACCCCAUGUUUUUUAAGCUCUUAACGUGACUCUUAAACAAUAUCUACACAUGUUCUCAUCAGUUUAUCUCCUGUGUUUUUUUGCUUCUAGGUGAGGUUUGAAGUGGUCACAUCCGAGGCCUCCUACUGUCGCAGUUUGGACAUUGUUGUUGAACACUUUGUCAAGUGCAAACAGCUGGGGUCGCUGUUGACCACUCAGGAUAGGAACUGGCUGUUUUCUCGGCUGGCUGACGUUCGCGCCAUCAGCCACAGGUCAGAAAUGUUUCAACUUAUAGAAAGCAAGUUUGUUAGUCAAAGCUGAGUCUACAUUUUCAUUUAGACAUGUUCAUCAUGAGUAGAUUGAGUGGAUAUUGUAUCUCUUUGUGUCACAAACCAGUAGAAGUGAUAGGCUUAAGGGAUUUUAAUGGGUUUUUUUGUGUGUAGUUUCUUGUCAAAGCUGGAGGAGCGGGUCGAAUCACACAUCAUGGAGUUCACUGUGUGUGACAUCAUCGCUCGGCAUUGUCAACGCUUCAAAAUGGUUUAUGUUCCCUACCUCACAAACCAGUCCUAUCAGGACGCCACCUACCAGAGACUAAUGUAAGCCUCCCAGACAAGUGAUUUUUUUAUGUUUGCUUAUUUGUAGCAGGAUGACUUUUGCUUCAUACUGCUCACAAACUCCAAUAAAAACACUUUGUACAGGAAAUAUGAUUUCCAGUUUAUAAAACAUCCAAAUACUGUCAACUUUAUAACUCUGUAACUUGACUUUCUCUUUUUCAGGAAUGAGAAUCCAGGGUUCAAGCGGAUUGUUGAAAAAUUAGAAAGGAGUCCUGUGUGUCAAAGACUCCCUCUACGAUCCUUUCUAGUCCUUCCCUUCCAAAGGAUCACAAGAAUAAAGCUGCUGGUCCAGGUGUGUAUGUGUGUGUGUGUAUUUGUGUGUCUAUGAACCCAUUGAAAAUGCUCAAAAUGGCACUCUCAGUAUGAAUUUAACACACGCUUGAUGUCUCUGUGCAGAACAUUGUGAAGAGAACAACUCCUGGCACUCCAGAGGCGACUCAAGCGAUCAAAGCGUUGAAACUCCUGGAGAAGGUAAAACUAACUCCUCCUUUCACUGCAUGCUAACUGAGAGUGGCUAUUCUUAAGAAAACACAGAAUCUCCUUGAAGAUUAACCUCCUGUCUUUUAUCCUUUUUUUUAUAGCUUAUUCAGGAGAGUAAUGACAGCAUCACUCAGAUGAAGAGCAUCGAGUCCCUGGUCUCUCUCAGUGCUAAGGUGGACUUUGAGUGCAGGGUAAGUGAUAACAAUAAAAGAUGGGAUUGUUGUUUUAUUAUGUUAUCUGUUUCUGUUUUUAUCUGUUUCUAAAACUGUAGAUGAAUCGAAGCAAUGACAAAGCAGCUUUUUAUUUGACAGUAAACCUCUCUCUUUGCAGUAUCUUAUUCGUGAAGUUUUUCUGGCAACUGCCUGACUGUCAGUCUUUGUAUUCUUGUUUUUCUUAAUUCUGUCUUAAUAAUAUUUAGGGAAUAUAUAGUAGCUUAGCUCAAGGUACACAGUGUACCUAUAGUAGCUUAGGUACACUGGCUCUCAGAUGGAGAGAGGUUUCUCCUUCAAAAGAUUGUAAUAGUCAGACUCUUUAUUUCCUCUAGUUUUUCUCUGUGCUCUUGGUGUGUUCAUUAGCGCUCAUGUGUGUAUUUUUAUGUGUGUAUGUCUUUUGUAGACCCUGCCUCUGAUCAGUCAGUCUCGCAGGUUGGUGCGAGAAGGCCCGGUCACUGAACUGAUGGAUUUCUCUCUUAAGGACACAGAGAGGAAUAUUUACUUGCACCUUUUCACUGACUACUUGCUAGUUUCACUACAAAAAGAGUAAGUCAAUGAAAAUGUCCUGCAUUUUCACGGUCAUCCAUCUUUCUUAUUACAGUUUUGCUACAUCCUGUUUACCUUCAUGCAGUCUGUUAUCGUCUCACCAUCUUAUCUUCGUCCGUCCUUCCGCUGACUCAUUUUUCUUUUCUGCUGCUGACAGAGGGGGACGAUUUACAGUGAUUGACCAUGCUCCUGUAUCAGAACUGCGCGCAGAAAACUGCCGUGUUAAACUCCACUCCCUCCAGAAGAACUUGAUCCGGCUGCACAUGUCAAACAGAGCCCUGCUGCUACGGACUGACACACAGUAAGAGACUGGCACAAUGGCUUGGGAAGUCUAGAUCAUAAAGGGGUAAAAGGUUUGCAGAGUAUACACCAAACUUUUCUUCUUCGUUUUUCAGGAGUGAUAAGCUACGAUGGAUAUCUGCUCUUUCUCGACCACAUGCUGAAAUAGAUUUUUCUGCUGCACAGGGUAAAGUAUAUAAAGAAAUUUCUUCCUCUAGGGGUGGUUCACUCUCAAAUAGAAAUAAACCAGCAGGACGAGGAUAACAUCCUGGUAGUCCCACAAAUACAGUGUGCUCAUUUGACACUUAAAUUCAGAUAUCAAAGCAGAACAGUUAAGAGUAUGCAAACUGCAGCAGGUAGAAAACAGGGACCCAUUGGAGCAUAUCUCAAACCAUUAUGAAAAUAUCAGCACUCUGGGAGGGAAUAAAACUUUUAUAUCAGCUUUAUGCAAAAUUUCUGAACGUAACCAAGUCCCACUGCUAAAUGAAAGGUGAUAGUUUCACAAUAUCUUCUGAAUGCAAUUCAUAAUUCUAUGCCAAUGAUGCAUGACACAAUGUCCCACAAUGUAAAAAAUGUUCUUUUUCUGCAUUUUUCCAUCAUAGAUUAGGCCUCAAAAACGAUUGACUUACAUCAGCUUACUUGGCUAUGUACAACUUCUCCUUCAUAUUCAUCACCCAGCCAGAGUAUUUACACUUAUACAGGUAUAUAAACAUGUUCUGUCAGUAUCCUAUAAACUCACAGUCAUUACAUGCCGUUGUAAGAAGAGUACAACCACAUUCUGUUACAUUAAUAAUAGCUGCAUCCAACAUAAUGGGAGUCAAUUCAGGAGCCAGGCUCGGUUCAUGCUGCCCCCUGCUGGCAGCUAACUUCAUCUUCAGCAUCAGUCCUCUUAAAUCUUGUGUGUCAUACUUAUUAUGCUUUUCUUGUAAGUCAUCAUGUUUAAAUGUCUGCCAGCUCUGCCUUUCAGGAAGUCUUGGUGUACAAAAUCAUGUAUAAAAGUGGCAUUAUUAUAUGACCUGGUUCACCCAAAAGAUUAUUUUGUGCGCCUAUCACACUGUAAGGCUGCCACUAUGUUAGGCAAUCUCACUUACAAAUCUGUCCACUUGUAUUUGUAUACCAGAGGUCAUCGAGGGUCAACUAUUGUUUACGGUGAUACGGAGUGGAUUAGAGAAGCAAUCAAAAGACAGAAAGCAAAGGAAUUAUUAUAAAACCACAAGAAAGGUUAAAGUAGGGCCUUUAAAUUUAGAUCUAUUUGAUGUGAUGGUUUAAAAAAAAGGUAAAAUAUAGUGUAAAAAAUAAAGAGUAAAAUGUACUGAUUUGGUCAAAUAAGUUCAGCAGUUGAAAUCAGGUUCAUCUUGGGUGGAGCUACAAAGAGGAUGACACUUUGUCAUGCGUCAAUGCGCUCACAAAGACUAGAAAGGUUGCCCCACCUUCACACAUUUAAAAAGAAAAGUGAGUCAAAUGUGUUGACAGUCUGAAACUCAUGUGAAGAGUUUUUCUUACGCAACCCUCUAAGAAUACAAGAAAAAGAACUUUCCUCUCUGAGCACUCUUUUCUUUUUAAUAUUUACCUUUUUAUCUAAAUGGUCUUACAUAAGUUGACAGGCCUGACCUCUCUUAUCUUUUAUUUUUACAGAUUUUACUCAGAUGCAGUGCAUCCGAGCUUUCAUUGCCCAGCAGCCUGAUGAGUUGUCUUUGGAAAAAGCUGAUAUCAUUCUAGUGCACCAACAGAGCAGUGACCGUAAGCCCAUCACACUAUCUUAUUUUAGUCUUUCUCUACCUCAUAGUUUAAUUCAGCUGUGAUUGCAGAACUGACCUGAUAAUACAGAUAAUGAGUAUUGAGGAGCACUGAGCUGGAUUCUCUCUCUUUCUUAGAUUGGGUUGAGGGGACCAGACUGUCAGAUCGGCAUCGUGGAUGGAUACCCGAAUCCCAUUUGGAAACCAUCAGCAACUCCAGAGUUCGACAACACAACCUGUCAGAUGCCCUAAAACUGAGAACAGCCACAGCCGCUGUUUGAUCAGGAUGCUGAGAAUGGGACUAAAAGGAGAGAGGUCGACUUCGAGGAACAGGAGCUAAAGCGUUCUGUUUCUAACUGCUGCAAACAGAGAGAUGGACAUUCAUUAUUCAGAGUGGGAAUAACUCUUGUUGAAAUGUUAGUGCAGCAAUAGAAAUACUGCAAAAAUGCAUCUUUAUGUAGCAUUAGGUCUCACUUGUUUCACUCACUGAAACGCUAAAUUACCUGAGAGUGACCUGCGAACUGCUGAGGCCUGCAUCAAAUUGUGACUCUUUUCACUUUGUACAGUAAAACAUCAGUAAACUAGUAUAUUUUAAAAGGGACUUUUCUUGGAAAAAGAUUAUUUCUUGCAAAUCUGUUAUUAUAUGUGUAUAUUGAACAUAAAUUGCAAAGUGAGUGAAUGGUGCAUUCAUAAUCAAGCUGACAGAAUGGAACAAAAUGUACAAGAAAUUUUUUAGAUGUACAGAUGAUACACUGAAGACAUUUCAAUAAAAUCUGGAUUGGUGUCAACAGAGACCCCUUUUGAAAACAUG